AUGGUUUAUGUAUUUUGGGGUACCAAAAUAAUCACGGAACUGAAACAUAUCCGUUUUGGUAACCAGAAAAAAGGUGGAGGAGAAAAGAAGGUCAUUAAGGCCAAGAGACCUGCAAGAGCAGACUGGAAAGAUGGCAUGAAGAAGAAACAAGUUGGUGUUUCUGAUAUGACUUUGCUAACAAAAAUCACUGAUGAAGCCAUCAAUGACAAUUUACAAUUACGAUGGAAGAAUGGCGAAAUAUAUACGUAUAUCAGCCACGUACUGAUCAGUGUCAAUCCGUUCAAAGAUUUGGGAAUUUACACUGACACUGUUCUGAACAGUUAUAAAGGCAAAAAUCUACUAGAAGUUACACCACAUGUCUUUGCCAUUGCUGAAUCCGCAUUCCACCAUAUGACGAGCUAUAAAGAAAACCAAUGCAUUAUCAUUAGUGGUGAGUCUGGUGCUGGUAAAACUGAAGCAGCAAAGAGAAUUAUGCAAUACAUUGCAGCAGUUUCUGAAGAAAGAAGUGCCGCUAUUCAAGAGAUCAAAGAGAUGGUUCUGGCGACAAACCCCUUAUUGGAAAGUUUUGGUUGCGCUAAAACACUUAGAAACAAUAAUUCUAGUAGACAUGGUAAAUAUCUCGAAAUUCAGUUUAGCUCCCAAGGUGAACCUGUUGGUGCAAUCAUUACGAACUAUUUAUUGGAGAAGAAUCGCGUUGUUGGGCAAAUUGAAAAUGAGAGAAACUUCCACAUUUUUUAUCAAUUGACAAAGGCAGCAACAGCUGAAUAUAAAGAGCAAUUUGGCUUGCAGGGACCUGAGAGCUUUUUAUAUACGAUGCGUAGUAAUUGCUUGGACGUUGAAGGUAUAGACGAUACAAAAGAUUUUCAGGAAACUUUGAAAGCGAUGGAAAUAAUUGGCCUGAAAAAAUCUGAACAGGAUGCCAUUUUCAAGCUGCUUUCAGUGAUUCUUUGGUUGGGGAAUGUUGUUUUUACUGAAGAUGAUCAAGGACAUGCAGCAGUAACCGAUCCUGAUGUAAUCAACUUUAUCGCCUAUCUCUGUCAAGUGGAAUAUGAAGCACUAAAUAAGGCAUUGACUGUCCGUAUCAUGGAGACUCAGCGUGGCAAUCGCAGAGGAAGUGUUUAUGAAGUCCCAUUGAAUAUAAAUCAAGCAUCUUCAGUACGAGAUGCGCUGGCGAAAUCAAUCUAUGAGCGAUUAUUUGAAUGGAUUGUGGCGCGUAUAAACGUAUCACUGCAGGCUCGAGCCAAUGUUCAAAAUACUAUGGGCGUUUUAGACAUUUACGGUUUUGAGAUUUUUGAGAGUAAUCACUUUGAACAACUCUGUAUCAACUAUGUCAAUGAAAAAUUGCAACAAAUUUUCAUCGAAUUAACCUUGAAGGCAGAGCAAGAAGAAUAUGUUCGUGAACAGAUUCAGUGGAAUCCUAUCAAAUUCUUCGAUAACAAAGUUGUAUGCGAUUUAAUUGAAGCAAAGCGUCCUCCGGGUAUUUUUGCCGCUCUUAACGAUGCAUGUGCUACUGCUCAUGCUGAUCCUAGCGCUGCUGACAAUUCUUUCGUUCAAAGACUUGGCUUCCUAUCCUCCAAUCCACAUUUUGAAGCUCGUGGUUCUCAAUUUUUGAUCCGUCACUACGCAGGAGAUGUGAAUUACACUAUUCCAGGCAUAACAGAUAAGAAUAAGGAUGCCUUAUUGAAGGAUCUUUUAGACUUAACUGCCAGCUCUAAAGAUCCAUUUAUUGCCAGCACCUUGUUCCCCGAACGUAUUGAUCCCAAUUCCAAGAAGAGACCACCUACUGCAAGUGAUAGAAUCAAGUUAUCCUGUAACGCCCUAGUUGAGAAGUUAAUGAUGUGUCACCCUAGUUAUAUUCGAACCAUCAAGCCCAAUGACUACAAAAGCUGUACUGAAUACGACCAAGGAAGGGUCCUUCACCAGAUCAAAUAUCUCGGGCUGUGUGAGAAUAUUCGAGUUAGAAGAGCUGGUUUUGCUUAUAGAACUGGAUUCGAUAAGUUUGUUGAAAGAUUCUAUUUACUUUGUCCUAAAACUGGUUAUGCUGGUGAUUAUAUAUGGCAAGGAGAUGCACGCAGUGGCUGUAUGGAAAUUUUGAAACACAAUAAUAUCGCAAAGGAGGAAUGGCAGAUGGGAACAACUAAAGUUUUUAUCAAACAUCCCGAGAUUAUUUUUGCUCUUGAAAGUCUAAGGGAUAAAUAUUGGCACAAUAUGGCCAUUCGGAUACAGAGAGCUUGGCGAGCACAUGUUCGCUAUAAAAAUGAAUGUGCCAGAAAGAUCCAACGAUUUUGGAGACAAAACAAAUAUAAUAUUGGUUAUUUGCAGCUGAGAGACCAGGGUCACCAGCUCCUUGGAGGUAGAAAAGAGCGUCGUAGAUUCUCACUCAUCAGUCAGCGUAUAUUUCUGGGAGAUUAUCUAGAUGUGCAGAAAGGGUCAGGAUUAGCAGCCAUGAUUCGCAAUGCUUUUAAUUUAAAACCAGGAGAGGAGAUUGUAUUCAGCAUGAAAGGUCAAACACUUGUUCCAAGACCAAUGCGCUCAAGCGUGCCAAGUCCAAGAACAUUUGUGCUGACGAACCAAAAUUUGCACGUUGUCGUCACUACAAAGAAUGGAAAAACCUUACAAAUGAUGGACGAAAGAGUACUUUCUCUAAACGUAAUCAAAAGUGUUAACGUUUCUACUUUACGUGAUGAUUGGAUGGUCCUCCAACUCGAUUCCUCGCCAGAAGAUUUUGUUUUAUCAUGCGUCUUCAAAACUGAACUUCUUACUCGAUUGUCUCAGCUUACAAAUGGACGCAUCGCUGUCAAUGUCAGCCCUCAGAUACAGUAUAGAAAAAAAGGUGGCAAAACAGUGACAAUGAAAUUUAUUAAGGAUGAAAAGGUUCCUCGUGACGAUGUCUAUAAAAGUCAUGUCGUGAAUGUUCCGUCCGGUGAACCCCCCUCAAGCACAUCUCGUCCGUCAGCAGCUAGGAAAUCAAAGUUGAGCAUGAAGCCAGCAGGAACUGGCCAGACUGUUCGCAAAAAUGUUUCAGGAAAACUUGUUACAGAAAACCUCUCGGUUAACAAUAAUGCGCCUGUUAGUGUAAAUAACGUUCUCCCACCAACUUUGAGCAAACAGCCAUCAACAACUGGUUCUGCUCCAUCUAUCAACACCCCUCCUACACUUGUCCCAGCUGCUUCACAACCGGCAAACCCCACCUACAGAGCUAUGUAUCCCUUCCAAUCACAGGAAGGAGGCGAAGUAUCGUUCCAGAAGGGAGAUAUAAUGGAAGUUAUUGAGAAGGACGAAAAUGGUUGGUGGCUAGCACGUAUAAAUGGUAAAGAAGGCUGGGUUCCCAGUAAUUAUCUUGAAGAAUACAUAGCACCUAAGCCCACGGCAACCCCGCCCGCACCGCCAGUUAGAAGAAGAGCACCACCACCGCCUCCUCCCGUACAACAACAGCAAAUGAAUGGCCAAGCACAACAAGCAGCAAAUGGCAUCCCAUAUUGGAAGGUAGAACGUGACGGUAAUAGUUUUGAAAGCGCACCUAUUACCAACACAAUGGCGACACCGACAGCCACUGUAAGACGUACAACUCCUAUUCCUGGUGCUAAACCAGUUGUUCCUACGAAGCCAGUCGUUCCCACGAGAAGCAACAACUCUUUUUCUCGUGUAGUUACAGCACCACAUGCACCUCCUAGAAAUAACAAUCCUGCCUUAUCUUUAGCAGAUGCUCUUAAAGCGAGAAGGCAGCAAGCUUAUUCACAAGACCAUGAUAAUGAAGAUGAUGAUUGGUAG